AUGUCGCGUCCAUCUUACAAUAAGGCUCUCUGCGUUGAGACUUUUAUCAGCUCCGGCCCAUCGCUCGACAUGGUGUCAUCCUUGAUCAUUGGUUCCGAAGCAGCCGUGAUUAUCGACCUACCACUGGGCAUUCCCCAGGCCGAGGCCCUCGCUAAUUGGAUAUCUAAGACCACGGAUAAGCCGCUCGUGGCUGCUUUUUCUACACAUUCCCACCCCGACCACUACUUAGGUAGCACCGCGUUUCUCGCUCGCUUCCCGGAUACCAAGUACUACGCCAGCUCUGAGGCUGUGACACUUAUCAAGAACGAAGCACCGAUAAAGGCCAAAUUCUGGAGAGGCAUACUCGGAGAUGACGUCGUGGUAGAGAAUGUCACUAUUCCUACUUCUUAUGACUUUUCCUUCUUCACCUUGCCGGGGGACGAGAGCACUCCCAUUCACCUCGUGAGCCCUCUUGUUGGCGACACCAUCGAUGAGACCAUGUUCUGGAUUCCCUCAAUCUCUACGUUGAUUGCCGGCGACGCGGUUUACAGCCACACCAUGCAUCUCUGGCUUGCGGAUCUUCUGUCGCCUUCCCUGACGGAGGCUUGGCUGUCCACCCUGGAGUUCAUUCAGUCUCUCAAGCCCCAGAAAAUCAUCCCCGGCCACUCCCUCACCAAGAAGUUUGGAUCUCACAUCGAUCUGGAACAUACCCAAAAGUACGUCACGUACUUUAAGAACAAGAUCGAGGCCAAGGGAGAGGAUUUCUUCACCCCUCAGCAGAUAUACAAGAAGAUCAAUUCUGCCUUCCCCAACCUCCUCUCAAAGACAUCCCAGACGUCGGCCACUUUGCUCAAUAUCACCAGCGAACAAUUCGGCCGUAGCGGACAACGCCAGCUUCACUACGUCGACCUAGCUUCUUUCAACAAUGCCACUGCGCUGGAGGGUUGGAGGCUUUGA